UUUGGCCAUAUGACCAAAACAGCGUCAUGGCGGCGGCCGUUGCAGCCAGGUCGAGCAUGGGACUGACUUUGAGGUUCUCCAGAGUUAUCCCGGACUGUCGGUCAUGUCCUUUGUACAGAUUCAAGGGCUGCGUCGACAACACCGCCGGCUCUCAGAGGAGGGGGUCGUUUGAUAGUCUCCGGACGAUAAAUCGGCAUUUACAGACCAGUAUAUGUCUCUCCCAAGCUGAAGAGGGCAGCUCCAACGCAGAAGACCCAGAUGAUGUGGUCAACGUAGUGUAUAUUGACCGCUCUGGCGAAAGAAUCCCAGUUAAGGCCAAAGUUGGGGAUAACGUCCUGUAUUUGGCUCAUAAACAUGGAAUUGACCUUGAAGGAGCCUGUGAGGCAUCGCUGGCCUGCUCAACAUGCCACGUCUAUGUGAACUCUGCCCAUCUCGACAAACUUCCAGAACCUGAAGAGAGGGAGGAUGACAUGCUCGACAUGGCACCCAUGCUUCAGGAGAAUUCCCGCCUGGGAUGUCAGAUCAUUCUCACCCCGGAUCUUGACGGCAUUGAGCUCACUUUGCCCAAAGUCACCAGGAACUUCUAUGUGGACGGCCAUGUUCCCAAACCUCAUUGAGCAGAGAAGCAAAGGAGGAAAAGUGGGGACUGAAUAAAGAAAGAGGGUGGUGCUAUGAGCCAAACACUGUGUCCUGGUUGAGCAAUGGAGGUGACUGAAGAGAUGGAACAGCUAGGAUGCACAAGGAUAGUGUUAUCCACAGCAGCUCUGAGAGCGUCUUACUGACAUUUCCAGUUGUUUAUGCAAUGUCAGGACAGAUUUUAGAUGAGAUUGAGUCCGACACUAAGAAAAUCUGGUGAUCUCAAAGGUUACAUGCAAAAGAAACUGUGGUGGUUCGACUGAUGAUGUAUUUAUUGAAGUAAAAGGUUCUCUGACCAUUUUAAGAUUUCAUUCAAUGUUACAGACUGCUCACUACUCCAAUGUCAGUUUAAGACAGAGCAGAGUCAGUGUCUUUGCUGGUGAACAGCACAUUCCUUGUUACAGCUUACAUACGCACAAAUAUUACAAAUGAUUAUUUUUCUGACCAGUCUCUUCUGAUCUUAAUUGUCACACUUUCUACUAUGCAUUAUACUUCCUUUUAUGUACCAUAGUCAUUUGUAUAUGUUACUGUGUUUUAUUAAAUUGGCCAUAAGUCACACAUAGAAGGGUUUCAUUGCUAUUUGGCUAUCAAGGCUGACAGAAAAGCCAUGUAAGUGUACUUGAUGUUUGAAUUCCAGAAUGAUGCCGAUACUUAAUGCUCAUUCGUUUAAACAUUUCAAAACAUGCAGAUGCAUUGGAUUUGAGUAUAAUAUAUAGAUAUAUAUAUAAAGUAUAAAAUAAAUUAGUUGAUAAAUUUCAGGUGUGCCAAGAUGGAUAACAUUGUGGGAGUUUACUCAAGUCUACUGUAAUUGUCCAACAUGCGCACAAAUGGGAUUUUUUUUUUUUUUUUUUUUUGUUAAAAUGUUCAGACUGUGCAAUAAAAUCCGCUCAGAAACUCA